AAUCGAUGGCAAAUGGUGUAACUACAUAGUGGGAAGACAUCCAUGUUAAGCAUGGGAAUUACGUGGAAAGAGAGAAGGUGACAACCCUUGCAGAAACCUACCAAUAAGCAAUCCAGAAGUUGGAUGAAAAGCAAGACAGUGAUGAUGAUUUCUUUGAUGAUGAUGAAUUCACCAAAUAAUACAAAGCUUAAAGGUAUGGGUCAUCAACAAAAAUAGACUCUAACAACUGAUGGAGUAAGCUUAGAAGAAGCUGUAUGGCGAGGUAUAUGAGAUAUCACGAGACGAAUAUGUCAAAUAAGUGACUGAAGCAUCAAAGGAUCGAUUCGUCGUCUUAUCACUUUAUUAAGAUUACAUCGUGGAAUCUUUGAAACUCAUUGAAGUCUUGUAGGAGUUGGCCAAAUAGUAUAAGGAGAUUAAAUUUGUUAAGAUGGUGGCAACCAAAUGCAUUGAAAACUUUCCAGAUGACCAAUGUCCCUGUUUCAUUAUAUACAAAGACACUAAAGCAGUCUCAAAUAUUCCCUUCAUUCACAAGCUCAGAAAAAUUACAUUUGCCUCCAUUGAGGAUUUGCUGAUUAGUCAAGGUUGGCAUUUAAAUAUACAAUGUAGGUGUUAUUCCAAAACCAGUUGAAGAGGAUGAGUAGUAUGAGGAGAUCAAGGAUAAACUCAAGCAUCCAUACAAGACCAAUAAUGUGAAGGAUGUGGAUGAUGAAAUAGAUGAUAGAGAGUACUCUCAUUAAGUUCAAUUCUAGAAACCUAAAUGAAUUGCUACAUAUUUUAUGGAAUUUAAUAAUUAU